AUAGACAGAUAGAUAGAUAUUCUCAUCUAGUGGAGUGGUGGAGGGAAAAUUCCAGCCAUAGCCAGGUCUGGAGAAGGAAAAUGCAGGAAGUUUGGGCCUUUGCACUUGCGACUUGGGGUUGUAUUAAGAAAAACAUUGGGUGCAAGCAUGGCGGUGGUACUGCGCCAUUUGGCAUUGGGUAGGUCUUGGAGGAAAUAUUUCUGGGUUACCGCAUUUGAAGGAGGAGGAGCAUCUUUAGCUUAGAGAGAACAUGAGUGAGAUGAUAGUGGAUUUUAAACACGUGAAGGGUUGCGAUAAAGAGGAGGCACACUAGCUGUUUACUAAGGUGAGUUGAAGAAAAAAUUAAAGGGUUUAAAUUGAGGCUAAGGGAGGUACUUCUUAAAUAAAUUAAAUAAAGGAUAUGAGUUCGUGCUUCAUUUUUAACAGAAGUCUGACACAUGGACAUUUAAGAGGUGACAUUUUCCCCACCACUAAUUUCCAUGUCAGGAUGAGCGCCACCAGUUACAUUUCUGGAUGUCAUUUCUGGUAAAGGCAGAGGAGCAGGACUAGUAAAAUAGCUGGCAACCCUGAUUGCAGCAGAGAAGAUUUAGGUUGGAAAUAGAGAAGCAUAGUUGGGUUAUCAUAGAUCAGGUUGCCUAAGUUAGUUGUGGAAUUUCCUCUGGAGGUUUUUUAUGGAGAGAGAUAAACAUCUCAAAUUAUGAUUUAUGUAGGGAUUCUGCAUGUGUGAGGCAGGACUGGAGUUUUCCUAGAGAGGAAGGGUCCCUUGCGGUGGAAGGCAAAGGACUUUGGCAAGUUGGGAUGUUGAUCCCCAUACUGGGUUCAUACUUAGUUCCAAACAUGUCCCUGUGUAGUGAUUCUUGUUACUAUCUUAGAAUAUUUAUAUGCUGCUUUUCAUGGGGAAAAACCUUUCCAAGUGGUUUAUAUAGCAAAAGAAAUUAAGAUGGUUUCCUAUCACAAAAGGGAUCACAAUCUAUUAAGCAACACAAGAGGGAGACACCAGCAACCGCUAUUGUGAGGAACUCUGUGUUGGCUUGAGUAAGGACAGUUGCUUUCCCCUUGCUAAAUUUAAGAAAGUUGCUGCUAAAUUUAAGAAUGUUGCCACUUUGAAAGGUGCCUCCACAAUGUAUGUGUGAGCUGCAGCAGCCUUCUUCUUAGAAGAGGCAUUCCCUCCCAUGUAUGCAAGAAAAGGGGAGUGCCUCUUUUAAGAUGGUGUUUGUUCUGUUUUUAUAAGUAUGUAUAUUUUAAAAAACCUUCUGCUCUGUGGUUGAUUGUGGCAGCUUUAUAGUUAACCAAAAGUUUUAAAAAGCCAAUUAACCGGUUACAUAUUGCAAUUCUGGUGUAUAUAUACACACAUAUAUCUAUAAAUAUAAAAGAAAAAGUGCCCUCCAUCAGUGUACCUGAUGCUUUACAGAAAAACACGAUGAUUUCCUGCCCCAAAGAGCUUGCAACCCAAAUGUUGACUGUUGCGGUAGGGAAGGCAACAAAAGAGCCUGAAAUCAUGACUGGAGAGCUACUUGCCAGUCAUUGUUGACAGCACUAAUAUAGAUGGCGCAUAGGGAGCUGCCUUAUACUGAGUCAGACCCUUGGUCCCUUUGGCUCGGAAUUGUCUGCAGUGCCUGGCACUGGCUCUUUGGGGUUUCAGAAGGGCCUCUCCCAGCCCUUCCUAGAGAUCCCGGCGAUUGCACCUGAGACCUUUUGCGUGCAGCAAGUGGUCUUCCACUGAACUAUGGCCUCAUCCCCUUGGCCCCUCACAGCAAAAGGCAACUUCAUGUGUCCAUGUAUGUUCCCUGCCUUCUAAUCCGAGAAGGAGGGCAGUGGCUAAGAUACUGAGCUGCGAUUCAGGAAGUUCCUGGUUCAGAUCUUUCCUCAGCCAUGGGCUUACCAGAUGGCCUUAGGCAAGAUUCCCUCCCUCUACUACAACAAAUAUUUAUAUACUACUCGUCAACUAAAGUUCUCGAAGUGGUUUGCAUAGAAAAAUAAAUAACACAUAAAUAAGAUGGUUACCUGUCCCCAAAGGGCUCACAAUCUAAAAAGAAAUACCAGCAUCAGCCACUGGAGGAUAAAUAUAAAUAAAUAUAAGGAUAAAGGAUGAUAAAUAUAAAUAUAGCCACUGGAUAAUAAACACACUACCCUCUCUUACAGUGUAUCUGUAAGGAUGACUGAGAUAAUUCUGUUUGAAUUACUUUGAAUGUUUUGGGAAACUGUCUAUAAAUGCUAAGUGAUGUUAAAGGGUAAAGUAUAGUUGUGCCGUCGAGUUGGUGUCGACUCCUGGCGACCACGAAGCCAUGUGGUUUUCUUUGGUAGAAUACAAGAGGGGUUUCCCAUUGCCUCCUCCCACGCAGUCUGAGAUGAUGCCUUUCAGCAUGUUUCUAUAUCGCUGCUGCCCAAUAUAGGUGUUUCCUUCCCAUACCAGACCAGCAGGGAUUCACACCGGCAACCUCUUGCUCAGUAGGCAAGUUACUUCCCUGCUGCACUAUUAGGUGGCUAAGUGAUGUUGAUUGAUUGAUUAAGUACUGUGGUGUCUACUCUUAGAGACCACAUAGAUAGAUUCUCUCCAGGCUGAUCUGUCUUCAACUUGUCCUUUAAGGUCUCUCAGUGCUGCAUUACUGAGUUUAAAAAGUUACUGAGUUACUGUAGUGUUUUGUUUUUUUUAAAAAACCUCUCAUUUAGCAUAAUAGUUGCUUUCUUUCAUGCUUGUUCUUUUGUGCUUGUUGUUCUUCAAUGUUGCCCUUCUUGAACACAGAAGACCCACAACGAACCACAGUUCUAAAAAAUAUCAGGCCUCAAAUUACUGGAAAACGCAGACAGAUCUGGGAUUCUCUGGACUUUAGCCCCUUCACCUCAUAAGAAAACAGUAUCUAAAAUAACAAAAAUAAACACGACUAAGGGGGCAGAUGGUCUGUCGGAGCCCGAGGGCAUCGCUCUCAAGCGCGUCGCUGUGGUGGAAGAUUUCUUUGACAUCAUCUACUCGAUGCAUGUGGAGAGCUCGGUGGAGCCAGGCAAAGCACCCAAGCAUGCAGGGCAGAAGAAGACCUACCGGGCGAUUGCUGAAACCUAUGCUUUUCUACCAAGAGAAGCCGUGACCAGGUUCCUGAUGAGCUGCACUGAAUGCCAGAAGAGGAUGCAUUUUAACUCCAAUGGCGUGGAGCCUAAAGAAAAUGAGCCUCCCUCCUCUCUGGUCUCUGGCAUCAUUGAUUACAACAUGCCUCUCACCUCCACCUACUUGAAACAGAUGAAGCUGCAGGUCAUGAAUUCCCAGGAGCAGGAUGAGACGUCGGUGAGCAGCGAGGAGUUUGAUAUGAGUGACUCCACAUGGAUGUCAGCUGACCAGCAUCUUAACUCCAGUUUGAGCCCCAGCCAGGAGGAAGGGAUGCGCAGCCCACAGCAUCUCCACAGCCAGGAGGAUGACGACUCCUCCUCGGAGAGCUGCAGCGGGAACGGCUCCUCCACCCUGAACCCGUCCACUUCCAGCAGCACUCAGGGGGAUGCUGCCUACCCGGAGAUGAACGGGAAUGGAGCCCCUGCCCCCAUGGACUUCAGUGCCUCGUCGGAGGACCAGCCCAUCAACCUGUGUGACAAGCUGGCCCCUGCCCACGUCGCCCCCGCCUACCAGUCGGACGGCUGCAGCGCUGACGGCCUGCGGAGCCGGGCGAAGUACGCAGCCAAAAGCACAGCGGAGUCCCCUCCGUACAGCUCAGGCAGUUACGACUCUGUCAAGACCGAGGUCAGCGGCUGUCCUGAAGACCUGACGGUCGGCAGAGCCCCUGCUGCUGAUGACGACGACGACGACCACGAUGACCACGAGGACAAUGACAAGAUGAACGACUCGGAAGGGAUGGACCCAGAGCGGCUCAAGGCCUUCAAUAUGUUUGUUCGCCUAUUUGUGGAUGAGAACCUGGACCGCAUGGUUCCCAUCUCCAAACAGCCCAAAGAGAAGAUCCAGGCCAUCAUUGAGUCCUGUAGCAGGCAGUUCCCUGAGUUCCAGGAACGGGCUCGCAAACGCAUCCGCACUUACCUCAAGUCCUGCCGCCGCAUGAAGAAGAACGGCAUGGAGAUGACCAGGCCCACCCCACCCCACCUCACCUCAGCCAUGGCCGAGAACAUCCUCGCAGCUGCCUGUGAGAGUGAGACACGGAAAGCAGCCAAGAGAAUGCGACUGGAAAUCUACCAGACGUCACAGGACGAGCCAGUUGCCCUGGACAAGCAGCACUCCCGAGACUCCGCCGCCAUCACACAUUCCUCCUACUCACUGCCAGCCUCCUCCUUCUCCCAAGAUCCUGUCUACAUCAACGGGAGCCUGAACUAUAGUUACCGGAGCUACGGGAGCCUGGGAGGCAGCCUGCAAUCGGCUUCUUCACUCCAGACAGGGAAUCACAGUAAUGGCCCCACUGACCUCAGCAUGAAGAGUGGUGCAUCCAGCGCCACCCCCCCUGCCAACAGCACAAACAGGGGGGUGCCAGCAGCCCAGCUCAGCCCGACGGAAAUCAGUGCUGUGCGGCAGCUGAUUGCUGGCUACCGGGAGUCCGCAGCCUUCCUCCUCCGCUCUGCAGACGAACUGGAAAACCUCAUUUUACAGCAGAACUGACUGCUUGCCUCCCUGCGGCUCCUGUGCCAGAAGACACUGUCCACCUCUCGCACGAGGCUCCCUUUGAUAAUCUGCUCAGGACUGGCCACUCUUCUGUCCACCAAGUACCACCAACCUGGCACCGUUCGCUGCUUUCGGGAAGGUGGCAUCCCAAACGAUCUGUGUCCGUCUUAGCGCAGGAGCCUGGGCCCAAAGACCUGCCUUUCGACCCUGCCCGGGCCAGCAUAUGCCAUCACCCAGGAGGAGUCAGCCCUGCAGCUUGGAGAGACGUAGGGCUGUUGUUUGGGGGCGGGGGGCGGGGGGACAGAGUGGGAUGGAGCUGCAGCCGUAUUCAAAAUUUUACUUUGUGGAGCCCCCAAUGGUAGAACUUUCCAGCACCUCUGUCCUACCCCAUCUCUCCCACUUCCUCCAAGUCUUAAGCAUUGCAUAUUUAUUGAGAAAUGGACCCCGCCCCUUUCCCUGCUCUUUACCCCACCCCACCCAUAAUUUAUUUUUCUGAAAAUGGAUUCUUGAGUUUGUACAGAUUUGCCACUUUUGUGUCUGUUGGAUGAGAAGGAGGUUUAAUCCUGCACAGGAGCACAUUCCACCCCACUGUUCUACUCCCAGGGUGGGGCUGGGCUCUUCAGCUGGCAGAAAAUCUGGGCAGCUGCAGACCCCGGCCCCGCUGAGGCUCAGGCCCCCUUUUGCCAAGCAGCCCUUUGGGGACAGCCUGGGGCCUUCUCCUGCUUCAGAGAUUCAGCCACUUCCAGGCAGGAGGACUGGCUCUGGUCACUUUAAAGGCAAAGUCUCUAGGGCACAAGAGAGGGGGGGAAAUGCUGCCUGGCCUUCCUCCUCCAUACUCUACCUCACUCUGCAUUGUGGGCUUUCCCCAGAACUGCCUGUUGUUCAUGUGGCAACAGGGGAGCAGCUCGGGGCCCAGCUGACCUGGCCUCUUCCUGGCUGCAGUGGGCCAGCGCCCCCCCCCCCCCAGCCUGUUUUGCGUAGGACUUGCUCAAGGCAGCUUUGCGUUCGCAACCAGAAUGACAAAGCGGGUGGGGGGUGGGGGGGGUGCGGCAGCAGCAGUGAGGGACCAGGGGGUGGCGGGGGGGGGGACUGCAUCUUCCUUUCAUGUCCCUCCUGUUCAGUUUUACUUUUAAACAUUUCACAGCUGAGGCAAAGAACUGGUGCCAGAAGCUCACGGCUUCUGAGGUGUGGAAAGAGCCUGAGCCACUUUUUCCCUCGCAUUCCCUGCCCCCACCCCAUAAUGCACUUGCUUUUGCUCAGUGCAAUAUUUACCUGUGCUGCUAAAACCAGGAAAUGAGGAGCUCAGGCACGGAGCUGUGAAGCAGAGCCAGGCAAUGCAAUCUGUGUAGCCGCUGUUGCCGCCGCCGCUGCCACUGGGUUUGCCCAGGCUUGCAAGGCUGGGCAAAUUCUCUUCCCCUCCUCUCCGCUCCCAGCUGGCCAACCUUGAGUGCCCCCCACCCCCUGCCACCAGCACUCAAGGGAGCAGCCCUUGUAGGGUUGAGGAGGACAUUGCAGCAGUGCUGGUGAUUUCUCUCUCCCCUAAGAGCUUUGAUUUGCCUUGUUACACAAGGUGAGGAAAGGUAACACUCCAUUCCUGAACCCAUGAAAAUGGAAGCAAUUUCAUUUUUUUCCUUCCACAUCCAAAUGUGUGUGUUUGGGACCAGACUGUUUUAAGCCACACCAAUACACACAGCAAGUUCUCAGGAACAAACUGCUGCAGAUUCUCUCACAGUACAAUUGGCAAUUGUGACUGUCCAUCACUAGGCUUGGGUCUCCCUGUGAGAAUGCGGUUUGUUGGGAAUGGGUGGCCCUAGCUCACAUCCCAAUAGUUCUGGAGACUUUGAGUAGCUGGAACAAUAUUUCCAAGGAGGCUGCGGUUAGUAUUUUGGCCAAGGGUCCUCCUUUCAACCCCCCUUUCACAGGAUUGCUUCCCCAGCGAGCACAAACUGUGCGUCGUUCCUCCCACUUUUGUGUAAAUAUUGUUGUGCAAGGCCCCUGAAAGCAAUGGCCAACCUUGACCACAUCCCCUUUGGGGGGAACCCCACAGCAUUAAAGAGUGGCAGAGACAAUCGCUGUCUGGAGGUCCUUGUGUGCCCCCUUCCCUUUGCUGGAGGCACUGCUGGGAACAGAGCCUUGAGAUGGGGUCUGGUUACCAGAGGCUUACGAAGGAACAGACUACUUGCGUAAAGCUUUUGCGUUACCGUCGCUAGAUCACUUUGGAACUUGGUUUAGUGUGCAUAUGUUGCUGCUUUUGUUUUUCAAACCACUGGCAGAACAUUUGAGAGCGAGAAGCAGCUAAAACGACCAACAGGAAGCCAGCUAAGGCUCAUGACUUGUAUCUGGGGUUGUGUGGUGUUCUGGUGAGCAUCGCAGCUGUGGCCUGUUCCUCCAUAUCUGGGUCACAGAAGCCAGUUUGUGUCAGCUGUAGCUCUAAUCAUCUUAGGACAUCUCUGGUCUUUCACUGAUCCCUAUUGAGUAGGGACCCUUCUUUCUGCCAAAGGCCAUCUCUCCUGUUUUCACAAGCAGGGAUAGACUCCACUGCCUUCCCCCAUUCUACAGGGAAGGAGAACUAGGUGGGCUGGCAUGGCUUUUUUUUUUUUUUUAAAAUAACCAGUGAUGAGGAAGAAAUCUCCACCCUCCUUUUCUCCUUCCCCUCCCUUCCCCGUCAGCAGCAUGUUGGGCCAUGGAAAGGCAUUCCAAGCAAGAUGACCUCUUCUCCUGUUCACUGAGGGCCACUUUUCUCCAAUAGGUGGCUGUAACAUUUCAUACCAAUUCAUUUACAAGAAAUGCUGCUUUGAACUCAGAGGGUUAGAUAUAAUUUUGAUUUGUAAUUUUUUGUAAAACUUUUUACAAAAGGUAGCCUAGCAGUUUCACCAGAAUACCAACUACAAUCUGUCCAUGAUCUGAUUUUUAUAUAAUUUAGUGGUGCUUUAGAAAGUUUGGUUUGGUUGUCGUUUCAGAGCUGUACGGCUCAGUUCUUUGCCUGUAUCUACCUAAGACCAAUGUGAACCUUUGUACUUUUUGCUCCUGACUUUGGACUCAGUGAAAGUGUACUGUUUACAUGUACAGAACUCCCAGUGCCCCCUCUCUGUGUUCUGCAAGACCUGCUCUUGGUGAGGAAGACGUGCCUCACCGCUGUUCAUCUGCUUAGCAAAGCCACAGACCCUUUCAUCUGUAGCCCACCCGUCUCUGUAUGCCAAGCCAGUACAGUUCCUGGGCUGUGCCCCAAGAAGGGUUGCACCUCAGCCACCCGUUUUCUCAGCUGGCCAGUUCCAACAUCAGGCUCCCUCCGAGAAAGGGACAAAGCAAAAGCAACGCGCUAGCCCCCUCCCCAACCACAGGACAGCACUAUUUGGUUCAGCAGCUGCUUGUGCCCCAACUACCGAGGCACAAGAGGCUCGGAGGCAUGACCAAGGAAGUUCGCCCCCAGCGCAGUUUGAGCCAGGAUAACCUGCUCUGACUUAAAAUUAGAACUCCAGAAGCACCCCUACUUUCCUAGACACACUCCAUACAGGAAGCAAAUGGCACUUAAAACCAGCUUGAGAAGGUGACACUAUUGCUUAAUCGGCUGAACUCUAAAAGACCUUCCUGACAGGCACCUAUGCAACUUCACGUGGUUCUUCUAAGCAGAUGGGCACUUCCUCCUCCAUGCCCUGUGGAAAUACUUUUGUGUUCUAUACAGUGGAUCUUUUUCCAGUAAAUGUGGCUUAAUAUUUUAA